AAACCUUCAGACAAAAAACUUCAGUCAUAUAUGAAAAAUUCAGUUCCUGCAAAUACACAAAAAAGCACGAAUGUUUGGUCCAAAAUGUUUAAAGAGUAUGUAAAUGACACACAUCCUGAAUUAGACCUUGAUACGUUGCAAGACAAAAUAAAAGUUGCAAGCCUUCUUUCUGAAUUCGUUGUCGAAGCAAGGACCCGGCACAACGCAGAAUAUUCUUCCGAUUCUCUAUAUGUUGGGAUUUGUGCGAUCAAUCGAUAUUUGCAAACGACGUUUAAGCAUGAGCCAAUCAAUAUUCACAAUGACUUUGAAUUUAAAAAAUUUCGCGAAAUAUGUGACGGUCGAAUGAAGGAGUUGGAGGAACUGUCAACGUAUAAAGGUGCUGAUCCCUUAACGGAGGAAGAGAUGAAAAUCAUUUUUAACAAUCCACAACUGUCACGCGACAACCCCAAGGGACUUUUAUACCGAGUUUUUUUAUGGAUUGGAUGUAUCACAGCAAGGCGUGGUGGCUCUUAUCACAAGUUGAAACUAAAAGAUUUAACUUUACGUGACGAUGGUGGAUAUAAUUUAUUUACUAUUCAUGAUAAAACACAUCAGGGCGGAUAUUUUCAUCAUCGACGAGCUCGUGACAAAGCUCAGGAACAAUCUCAUAUCAUACCACCUGAUGAGUCAAAUGAACUUGGGCCAAUCGCAGAUAUUAAUCUUUAUAUAUCAAAACGACCA